UAUUCGCUCAGCUUGACACGGCCGGCAGUUAUUUCCCACGGUGCCUCUUCAACAAACUUCAUCACAGACAGAGACAUUAUGGCUAGAGCUGUCUCUCCCUCUGCUUCCGAUAGCCAAGACGACGAGCGUGGUGCAUCAUCCAAGAAAAGAAAAGAUGAACCUGAAGAGGAUGGUGAAGGAGAAGAAGAAGACGGAGAAGAGGAAGAAUAUGAGAUUGAAAAAAUUGUCCAGGCCAAGCGCGGGGUAGGUUAUGCUGACGAGCACAACUCGUGGGUUGACGAAACUGAUGCCGCAACUGAGAAAAAGAGCGCGUCUAAGACAUCUGGGCGUAAGCCUCGAAAAUCGACUGAGGUUCCCGAGGAAGAGAGUGCCUCUGCGCCGCCAAAGAAACGCGGCAGGAAACCUCAGUCUGAGCGCGGCGCGACUGUUGAGGACGAGGAGGAUGUAAGGACGACAAAAAAGUCGCGCAAGUCGGGUGGAGGCAAAAAGCACUCUCAGCCUCCUCCAGAUAACGAAGAUAUUGUCAUGGAAGAGGGAUCGCCUAUUGGCGAUAUGUCCCAGUAUGAAAACCUGGACAGCUGGGAGCAUCUUGUGGAUACGGUCACGACAGUUGAGCAGGAUCAGACUGAUAAGCUGUUAUGGGUAUACUUUUCUUUACGCGUGAGGGCUCAGUCUACAGCUUGCCGAGAGAAAUUUCCUCAGAAGCUCCUAGAUUUCUAUGAGCAGCAUCUCAAGUGGACUGAGGCAGAGGCAGACACGAACUAGACCAGUGACGUUAUACUCCAUUUUUCUGCCAUCCCCGCUACCCAUCAUUCUUUUUCAUCUUGUAAUCUCCGAUUUCCGUCCGGACUGCUUUAUCUUUCUUUCUUGAUAGUGUGUGUAUACAGUCUGCGACCAAUUUAUUUGUCCAUUGUCUCAAUGUGAAUGCAAGGCAGUCCCUGAAUAAGCAGAUAAUUUUGAUGAUGGGAUGAUGAUGUUCAUGAUCUAGCUGAUGUCUUUUCCAAUGGCGGGAUGCAGGUGGUG